CAGAAUUGCAGUACCAAGGAGUGGGAGAGCAAGGAGGGAGGAGGGAGGGGGAGGAGUUGAUGAGCACGGCUAGCCAAAGUAGGAACCUGGAAGAUGGAGGAGAGAUCUUACCAGAUUCAUUCACGCAUGGUCUGAUGGGAGAAAGUCGCAUCAUUCCGCAACACCGUGGUUGCAAAGUUUAGACACAUCAAACCGGAAUCAUCGAUUCUGUCACCUUAUUUUCCCCAAAACUAGCAUCUUCUCCAUCCCGCCUAGACACAUUAACACAAAAUGCCGAAAGCCACUCCAUUCAACCCUCCUUCAGCAGAUCUACCUGGCAAACCAUUCGUGCCAGAAUGGAUCCCACCACCAGUUACAAAACAGACACACAAUUUUGCGACUCUGAAGUCUAUUGACCUGUCGUUAAUGGACUCGGAAGACCCUGCUGUGGUACAGAAUCUAGUGGAUCAGGUCAAGACUGCCAUACGAGAUGACGGUUUCCUAUUCUUGGAGAACUACGGCAUUUCACUUGAGCAGCUGCACCGGCAAUUUGCCAUUGCUCAGUAUCUUUACCACAACCUCAGCGAAGAGGAAAAAUCGCGUCUCCUAUUUGACCCUGAGACUGGAAGAUGGUCCGGUUACAAGCAUCCAUAUGGGUUCAAGAAAACGCGAGCUAUUCCAGACGGUAUUGAACAAUUCAACUGGUACAAGGAUGAUUGGGAAGAUAUCAAUCGCACUCCAAACUGCCUGCGUCCUUUCAUCGAUGAGAUCGAAGCCUUCUGCAACUACCUGACUGGUUCAGUUAAUCGCCGAUUACUCACCCUCUUCUCGAGAGUGCUCGAACUCCCAGACGACUACCUUUGGGACAAUGUCCAGUCGCAUGGCGGGCCAACUGGUGAGGGGUAUUUUCGUCACGCGCUCUUCCGUCCUGUUGAGAAGACCACCGAAGAAGCCUCGAAGGGUCUCCGUAUGCAUGGGCACACCGACUUUGGCCUUACCACCUUGUUAUUCUCGGUCCCUAUCUCGUGCUUGCAGAUCUGGGGGCGUGAUGAGCAGUGGUACUAUGUGCCCUAUAAGCCUGGCGCGCUCGUCAUCAACAUCGGCGACACUCUUGAGAUUGUUUCUGGUGGUCACUUCAAAGCCACACGCCAUCGGGUCUUCAAGCCUCCCGUUGAUCAGCUCCAGGAGGAGCGUCUCUCACUUGUGCUCUUCAACAGCUCCGUUGGUGAUUUGAGCAUGGCACCUGCGGCAUCAUCACCUCUGAUCCAGCGGGAAGGGUGUAUCGAGGAGCAAGGCGUGUACAAGGAAUAUGCGAAGCGGAUGAGUGCCGGACAACCUGUGCCCACUAAUCGACAAUGGCGAGAGAUGCAGAUCGCUACAGCUACAGACCCGACGGACACUGUUCGCAAUCGUAUCGGUGCUGAUCAAGUUCUGAUCAAUGGUAAGCUCAUGCAUCAGCGAGAGUAUAUGGGCCUCAAGGUUGUUCUGCCUGUUUAGUAUCGCUACUAAGGUCGCGUUGGUGGUGGAAGGAUGUAGCAUUUCACACAGCGAGGCAAGGAUUUUUAUUUUGAAUUUGAAAAGGCGUUAAAAUUGGUAGAUCUUGGGCUUUACAAGUCUAUGUAUAUAUUCCAGGACUUUGUAGUUAUUCAUUUCGAUUGAGAAGCAUGC